AUGGCUCAGUUAGAACAAGAAAAAGAUAUGAGUGUUCAAAGAAAAAAAAAAUCCUCUAAAUUAGGUGACGUAAAUACAAGAAAAAUAGCAAUAGCAAAGAUAAGAAGUAAGAAAAUGGAAAAAAAAAGGACUCUAGCUUAUCUCCUAAAAAAUAAAUUGACUUAAAAAAAUAGAAGCCAAUUCAUACUCAUCUUUUUUGAAGCAAUCGAAAGUUUAUAUAAACGAAUAACUUAAUCAAGAUAUCCUUUGAUAUAUUAAUCUAAAUUAAUAUAGAAUAGUAUGGGAGAAUAAUAAUAAUAAUAAAAUAAAUAUUAGCAAAUUAAUAGAGUGAAAUAGGGAGAAAGGAAAAAAAAUCAACUUAAAAAUCCUUUAUUUUGA